AUGUCAACUUCCCAGGCCGCGUUCGAGCUUGACGGGUCGAAGAGCUACCCAAUGAUUGUGAAUUCCGCAGAGCACACACGUCUCAACGCACAAAGCAGCGGAUUCAACGAGAUGAUGCUUGGCCGAAUCUCGCUGGCCCCGUUGCAGAAGCCAGCCAGGAUUCUCGACGUUGGCUGCGGAACGGGAAUGCAGACUCGAUUGCUCGCAGAACUAUACCCCGAUGCCACAGUCAUAGGAGUGGACCCCAACCCUGUACCGGACGUCCAGACAAAACCAAAGAACGCCGAGUUCAUCCUCGGGCAAAUCGAGGACGUCGUCAAUGGCCAGCACGAACUCCUGCUCCAGCCUGCGUCAUUCGAUCUUAUAUACGGCAGAGCUCUGUAUUUGUGGGUGAAGAAUUGGAGGGCCCACAUAGCCAUGUUGAGCGGCUUACUGAGGCCAGGGGGCUGGCUGGAGUUUCAGGAAUUCAACGCUUAUAGGGCGUAUGAUGCAGACGAACGCGUGAUCUCGGACAACUGGCGCUUCUCGGUCGUUUUCAAGAGAGACGGCGAAGAGCGUGGCUUCAAUACUGAGAUCGCUGACGAGUUGCCGGACCUUUGUCGGCAGAUGGGAUUCGAGGCUGUGCUAGCCACACCAUACCCGCUCCCGUUUCGAUCGGACUGGACUGCGCGACCCGAGACUGCACGGAUCGGGAAAUGCUUCCAAUGGGAGGUCCCCGUCUUUCUCCGCAUGCUUUCAGAGCGGGCGGCGCAGCCGGAACAAGGCGAGGAUCCGGAAGAAGUGUACGAGGAAGCGAUGGAUCGGCUUGUCCGAGGCCCAGUUGGCACUCAUUUCCGCUUCACUGUCACCAUUGCGCGCAAGCCCGCAUGA